AACCCAGAAUACACCGCGGGUUUAAUAGAUGAAUCAACAAGAUGGCUUCCCCUCCGCUCAACCGAUGGGAAGAUUUGAGGAAAAAAGCAAGACAGCUGGAAAACGAAAUCGACCUCAAAUUAGUGUCGUUCAGUAAACUUGGAACGUCGUACACUCACCAAGAUGGCUCUAAAGACAGCUCGGACAAAACACCUCUUCUCAACAGUUCUUCAGACAGGAUGUUCGAGACGAUGUUGAUCGAAAUUGAACAACUUUUAUCGAAGUUGACAGAAGUAAAUGACUCAAUGGCUGAGUAUGCUUCAGGCUUACAUACCCUGGGACAAUCWAAUGCAGCACAGCUUCACACGCUACAGAGACACAGGGAUAUACUACAAGACUACUCACAUGAGUUUACCAAAACAAAGGCUAAUAUUCAGACAUACAAGGACAGGGAAGACCUUCUUGGUUCAGUCCAAAGAGAUAUCAAUGCAUACAAAACGGGAUUAAACAGAAGAACUGACUUGUACCUCAAGGAAAACGAACACAUAAGAAAUUCUGAUAGAUUAACAGAUGAAGCAAUUGGAAUCGCCCUGGCAACCAAAGAGAAUCUACAAAGCCAAAGGGGAGUGUUGUAUGGAGUUACUGGUCGGCUUAGCAACGUGACACAACGAUUUCCAGCCCUAAACAACCUGAUGCAGAAGAUAAAUUUACGAAAAAGACGCGAUUCUAUCAUCCUGGCUUGUGUUAUUGCUGUAUGCACUAUAUUAUUACUGAUGUAUGCAUUCCGGUGAAAUCAAAGACCUUGACAACAAAGCAAUGCUUUUAAUAGACAACAAUKGAAAAAGAAAAUUCAUUUCGGAUAAUUAGAAAUUUGACAAAUUGCGGUGGCUACGGAGUUUUUAUGCUUUGAACUGAGCUGAACUUGAACUUGAAUUUGUUACACUAUAAGUGUUAUUAUAAAAUAAACACAGAAAUCUGGAGGAAAGUUCACCGUGAAAGUUGUUUAACCAGGCUGGCAACUAUCUACAGAAAAGAGAAAAAUGUAAAGSUUGCUGAACAAGGAAGUAGUUGCCAUGAGAGAAGAAUUCCUUUUGCGGAAUGAAUGCAUUGUGUUUGUACUGCCGAUGUUUUGUCUUCUAAAACUGCAAGGAAAUGACACAUGUUGGAAAUAUUUKAAUAUCUAUUUACAAAUAUCACACCUAUGGGAGCAAGUGUUAAUGGCGCUAAAAGCCCACACGGACCACUGUCUACUAAACAAAUUAAGCCRAACCUACGAUGAUGUUAAGAGAGGGGUGGGAAUGUGUGACUUCUAAGUCACAAACUGAUGAGUCACUUUCUGCUUAAGUUUUUCAAAUUAGCCAAACUUGCUCCAAGUCAUACUAAUGUUGGAUAUAAUAGCAUCCAAAAUCUUCACGUGGAUGGAUUCAAGACCACUCUUAGCAUGGGGAUUGUUUUGUCCAUUUUCKUAAUACCAAUUGAGGUCAUAAAAAUGACAAGCUGUAGGUAACAAAAUAAAUGAGUUAAAAUUUGGGUAGUUAAACAAUAGACUUUCGGGAACAAGUUUCACCACCACUGUGUUAAUAGACGAAACGUGUUAUUUCUACAGAAUGUUUAAAACGUUUGUUCGCGGCCCACUCGAAUUAAAAACAGUCUUGUGUUUUUGCUUCUUUUUUCCCGAAAACUAAUGUCGUAAUGAUUUGUAAUGAGAUGGACAUUCCAUAAAUAUCACGAUCGUUAUUCGUUUAUUUGUCGUUCACUUAGUGGUUUUCUCGACUUUUUGGGUUCCGUUCAUCAUAUUUCCAACCGUCUGAGUAGUAAUGGUAUUUUUUGUUGGAUGGAAGCAAAAAAUCCAGAUCAGAAAGUUAUACAGCAUCGAACGCGCUCUAAUUAGAUACCCCCUUGGAACGUAGCUUUUGACCGAUGCAUUUGAAAAUAUAGUUUGUAAAAAUUUGGAGCAAUAUUUUGUCAUAGGGAGAAAAUUCAAACGUAUGUACAAAUMAAAAUGAAUUAAAAAUAAA